AUGGAGAAAUACUCACCCCGAAUAGAUUUCGAUGGCACAAUCUUCAUGCAAGACACGGGCCAUGUCCUCGUGGACGCCCUGGGCGGCGGCGCAGAGUAUAGACACAAGCUAGAAGAGCAAUUCAAAUCCGGCGAGCGAACCUUCCGUGAGAUUUCCGACGACAUGUGGGGAUCACUGAGCAUCCCCUUCGGCGACGGCUUCGACUUAAUGGCGCAAACUCUCAAGAUCGACCCCGGCUUCCGAGAGUUCCACAACUACUGCCUGGAACAGGGGUUCCCUUUCAACGUUAUCAGCGCAGGACUGAAGCCCGUCCUGCAGCGCACAUUGGAUAUUUUCCUCGGCGACGAGGCCGCGACCAUGAACAUCGUCGCGAACAACCUCGAAGCUCCAGGCGGUAUCCCCUGGAAGCCCGUGUGGCUUCACGACUGCGACACUGGCCUCGACAAGGCCUACAGCGUAAAUGAAGCGCGCAGCCAAGCCCAACUCGACUGUCUUCCCGGCGAGAUCCCACUGAUCGUCUUCAUUGGCGACGGUGUCUCAGACCUACCUGCCGCGCGAGAAGCGGAUGUUCUAUUCGCUCGUCGCGGCCUCCGUCUCGAAGAACACUGCAAGGAGCACGAUAUUCCCUACAUUCCCUUCGACACAUUCUCCGAUGUCAAGCGCGAGGUCGAGGCUAUCAGAAUCGAGGACCAGAAGAAGACCGGUGGCCAAGGCAAGCCGGCGCGGUAUAACCCGCGCGCUAACAUGUGGCGCAGUCUUUCCAGUAAAGAGGCUGUCCCUACACUCCUGGCUACGGGUACCCCCACACCUGCUGAGAAGAUGUCUCUUUGGCCUGAUUACUUCUCUGCGCCCAAGCCUGACCAGCCUGAAACUAUUCAGGAGUAA